UUUCAUGUUGCAUGCAGCUGCACACUCGUCCCAGCAGGGGGCAGACGUCCUUCAUCAUUCAUACGGACUUUUUCCACAUCCUGCUGGAAAAACUUGACCGCGGUAAAGUUGUGUACUUGUAGCUGGAUGUAGUUUCCUUUGUAGUUCUUCGGAGUAGACAGUGUGAUUAAGAAGCAGUGCUCACGGAAGCUGCUCACGGAAGCUGCUCACGGAAGCGUUUUUGGCGGGCUUUGUGCUCUCAGUUUAGGGGGAGACGGAGUUUGAGACUCUACCAGAGACCAUGCAGCAAGUCCGGGACACCCUGGCUGACUUGGCCGAGCAGGGCACGACCUACCUGGGCAGGCUGGUGCAGAAGGCUUUCUCUCAGGUCCUAGCUGUGGUUGCAGGCAGCGUGGCCGGUGCUCUCAAUGUCCUGCUGCACUACGUCUCCCAGUUACUGCAGGCCUCUGGGAUCCAAGUUAGCCUUCCUACCAACAAAGUGACCCCAGAGGGCCUGAUCUUCGUCAUUCAGUGGGUCCUCGCAGCUCUCAUCUGCUACUGGCUGAUUUCUCUUGCCUUCCGAUUGGUUGCCUCCACUCUGAUGUGCGCCCUGUGGUUUCUGAAAGUCGGAGUCGCUUUAACCUGUUUUGUGCUCAUCCUGAGCGACUACAACGUGGGCACGGAGGCGAUGGCCAUCCGACUGGCUGUCCUGCUGUGUGUCUGCGUCCUGCUGAACGUCGGGACUCGGGGAAGUUCCAGUGCGGCUAAUCAAACUGCUCGCCUCGAGAAGCAGGUGAAGAUCCUGGAGAGACGGCUGAGGGAGAUGGAGAGGUGGACGAGGACAGAAGAGUGACGGAGAGAAUCUUCUGACAGCCAAGUCAAACGACAGUCGCCCGAGGAUCUCUGCAUUUAGGAUCGUUCUUCAAAUUCACAGAAAGCACGGCACAUUCCCAACAGACUGCUGAGCGGGAGCAGAUCGAGCUCGUAGACGAGUUGAUUGGAUGCAGCUCCCUCCCAGAUACGCCCACAUAUUUGGAUGAAGUUUAAUGAAAAACACUUUCUCCUCUUCCACCGUUCCUCUCCCAGAGCCCAGUGCCUCACCCCAACUUCUGUUAGAUUUGCCCUGCGAGCAGCAGCUGGUGGAGGCGCUCGUUACACCAGCAGCUGCAUUGACUGGCUCUGGCUCCUCUACGUGUGGUCCUGUCAGAUCACAGAGGCGUUUUCUUCUCACUGAAUGUAGUUGCACUUCAGCUGCAGUGAAUCAGGAGGAGGUGCAGGACAAGCUGACACAUCGAUCAGGUGAUGGACUCCUAAUCUCAGGCCUGUUUUCAGUCAUUCCACUAAUAAAUAACUUUUCAAAAA